CCGCCUCCAGCUCUGCACAUGUGCAAGUGCACUAAGCCUUGACAAACUAACUCAGUCUCAGCACAGCGCAGCACAAGUUCACCUUCUUUCCAAAACUGGGAGCCUUUUUUGGGGGGGGGCACGUUCCUGUUGAUAAAGAAAGGUCGAUCAAGAUCUAGGGAACUUCUCAUCUCUGUUCCCACCCUCCCUUUCUUUAUACAACUCUACCCAUCACAGAAGGGCACAUAGGCAGAUCAGAAGCUGACAUUUCCAAAACCUUUACACACAUACACACACCCACACACACUCCAGUGUGUGUCCAGCAAAAGAGUUUCUUUCGGAGAGAUUGUCGUGCCAAGCCGGUUCUCAGGGCUGAGAAGUACAUGCAUGCACAGAUGCUCCCACACACACUCUUGUGGGUGCUACAGUAGUAAAAACUUCUCCUUUUUCUGGGAUUCUACUGGGUUACAUAAAUCCAGGAAUGGACUUUAUUGCAAUUGUCAAGAUUAACUUAAGGGACCUGCUGUGAUCAGCACUGCUGAGGGAAUUUGUCAUAAUACACCGGUACUGAAGUUUCGUGCUAUAGAAAGAAGCUAAGUGUGUGAGGGAUCAUGUCUCCGUUUCUAAGGAUUGGCUUCUCCAGCUUUGAGAUGGACCCAGGACUUGCUUACCAGGAAGAGGUGCUCAAUCCAUAUUGCGCCGUCUACAUGAAGGAGGCUGUGGAGACAGAAAAAGGUCAGGUGUAUAAGCAGAAGCGUCCCACCAUGUACCCGCCAUGGAGCAGUACAUUCGAUGCCCAUGUUCACAGGGGCAGAGUGAUGCAUGUAGUGGUGAAAGACAAAACAGCUGAGUUGAAGACGGAGGCCACAGUGCAGCUCGACACACUCGCUUCCCGAUGCAAAAAGGAGAAUGGCAAGCUUGAGAUCUGGGUGGAACUAAAGCCACAGGGUCGGCUAUUGAUGGAAGCUCGUUAUUUCUUGGAAAAAAAGGAUGCAGGUCAUGGUGAGGGAGAUGUAGAUGGAGAGCCUGAGCGAGAGAGAGAGGGUGUGUUCGCGCUGCAUCAACGACGGGGUGCGAUCAAACAGGCCAAAGUCCACCUGGUGAAGUGUCAUGAGUUCACAGCUACGUUUUUCCCCCAGCCCACCUUCUGCUCAGUCUGCAAGGAGUUUGUCUGGGGUCUGAACAAACAGGGGUAUCAGUGCCGACAAUGCAACGCUGCCAUCCAUAAAAAGUGCAUUGACAAAGUGAUUGCCAAAUGUACAGGCUCAGCCGUUAACAGCAAAGAAACAAUGAUCCACAAAGAGCGCUUUAAGAUCGACAUGCCUCACCGGUUUAAGGUGUAUAACUAUAAGAGCCCAACCUUCUGUGAGCACUGUGGCACGCUGCUUUGGGGAUUGGCCCGACAGGGCCUUAAAUGUGAAGAAUGUGGCAUGAACGUUCAUCACAAAUGUCAAAAGAAAGUAGCCAACCUUUGUGGUGUCAACCAGAAGCUCAUGGCUGAAGCUUUGGCUAUGAUCGAGAGCACUCAGCAGGCCCGAAGCUCUAGAGAUAAUGAAAUAAUUGGACGUGAUGGACCAGUAGGUGUAGGCCAGCCUGGAGUGGUCAGAGAGCCUUCGGGCUGUUUGCCACCCUUACCAAUCCAAACCCUAAGCCCUGCUUCAGCACCGCCCCUUCCACGCAAAGAGCAGCAGGGUGUAGCCUGGGAUUCACCUUUUGAGGGAGACAAUAACAGUCUCAGUCUCACUCAAGUUUCAGAACCACUAUAUGCUGUCCCACACAAAGAGCACCACAAAUUCACCCUGGAUGACUUUCUCUUGCACAAGAUGCUAGGAAAGGGCAGCUUUGGAAAGGUGUUUCUUGCUGAGCUGAAAACCACAGGGACGUUCUUUGCCGUGAAGGCUCUGAAGAAGGAAGUGGUUCUGAUGGAUGAUGAUGUGGAGUGUACUAUGGUCGAGAGGAGAGUUCUGUCUCUUGCCUGGGAGCAUCCCUUCCUCACACACCUCUACUGCACCUUUCAGACUAAGGAGAAUUUGUUCUUUGUGAUGGAAUACCUUAAUGGAGGAGAUUUAAUGUUCCACAUUCAGUCUUGCCACAGAUUUGAUCUCCCGCGAUCCACGUUCUACGCUGCCGAGAUUAUAUGUGGUCUACAGUUUCUACAUUCAAAAGGCAUUGUGUACAGGGAUCUGAAGUUGGAUAAUAUUCUGCUAGAUAUUGAUGGCCACAUUAAGAUCGCCGACUUCGGGAUGUGUAAAGAGAACAUGUUGGGCGAAGCUCGAACCUCUACCUUCUGUGGAACUCCAGAUUACAUUGCCCCUGAGAUUUUGCUUGGGCAGAAAUAUGGCAGCUCGGUGGACUGGUGGUCAUUUGGAGUCCUUCUGUAUGAGAUGCUGAUCGGUCAGUCACCGUUCCAUGGGCAUGACGAGGAGGAGCUGUUCCAGUCCAUACGCACAGAUGACCCUUGUUACCCACGCUGGCUGACAAGAGACUCACGAGAUAUUCUCAUUAAGCUCUUCGUGCGGGAGCCGGAACGGAGACUCGGUGUGAAGGGAAAUAUUCGGCAACAUCUUUUCUUUAGAGACACUGACUGGAAUGCUUUGGAAAAGCGACAAGUAGAACCACCCUUCAGACCCACUGUGAAAUCACCAAGUGACUGUAGUAACUUUGAUAAGGAGUUCAUUAACGAGAAGCCUCGGCUGUCCUGUGCCGAUCGGACCCUCAUUAACAGCGUGGACCAGACGAUGUUCAACAACUUCUCUUUUAUUAACCCAGGAAUGGCUCGUCUUAAGAACACCUGAAGCCCUCUCGCUCUCUCACAUAUAUGCACACACACACACACACACACACACACACACACACACACACACACACACACACACAUUCAAAUACACA